AUGGCUUGGAAACUCCUUAGCUUAUCUUUACUUACUACAAAAAAUCACAAGGUUACAACUUCUGAAAUUCGCACAUACUUGAUCCCCAAGUUUAUCAAACAUUUUUGUUCUUCAUCAGCUCUUCGUCUUGAACAUUCUGUUAACCUUGACCAUUGCUUCAAUUCAGAUUCUUUCUAUGCGUCUCUUAUUGAUAAUUCUACCCACAAGAGACACCUUAAUCAAAUACAUAAUCAGUUACUUGUCUCCGGAUUGCAACAUAACGGGUUUCUUAUAACAAAACUGGUUAAUGGCAGUUCAAAUUUGGGACAAAUUUGUUAUGCUCGCAAGCUGUUUGAUGAAUUUUGCAACCCGGAUGUGUUUAUGUGGAAUGCAAUUAUUAGGAGUUAUUCGAGGAAAAAUAUGUUUAGGGACACUAUUGAAAUGUAUAGAUGGAUGAGAUGGACCGGAGUGCAUCCGGAUGAAUUCACUUUUCCUUAUGUACUUAAAGCUUGUACUGGACUGUUAGAUUUUGGUUUGAGUUGCGUACUUCAUGGACAGAUAAUGAGAUAUGGGUUUGGGUUGGAUGUGUUUGUGCAGAAUGGCCUUGUGGCAUUGUAUGCUAAAUGUGGUCAUAUUGGUAUGGCAAGAGGGGUGUUUGAUGCGUUAUAUGAUAGAACGAUUGUUUCAUGGACUUCCAUCAUUUCUGGAUAUGCACAGAAUGGGGAAGCUAUGGAAGCACUGAGAAUGUUCAAUCAAAUGAGAAAUACUGAUGUGAAACCAGAUUGGAUUGCACUGGUAAGCAUCCUAAGGGCUUAUACUGAUGUAGAUGACUUGGAGCAAGGAAGAUCUCUUCAUGGUUGUGUCAUCAAAAUGGGUCUUGAAGAUGAGCCUGAUUUGCUUAUCUCACUUACAGCAUUUUAUGCAAAAUGUGGGCAGGUGACAGUUGCAAGAUCUUUCUUUGAUCAAAUGAAGACAGCAAACGUUAUUAUGUGGAAUGCAAUGAUAUCUGGCUAUGCAAAGAACGGACAUGCUGAGGAAGCAGUACAUCUAUUUCGCGACAUGAUCUCAAGAAAUAUUAAACCAGAUUCUGUCACUGUGAGAUCUGCAGUCUUAGCCUGUGCACAAGUUGGUUCCCUCGAAUUGGCAAAAUGGAUGGAUGACUAUGUCAGCAAGAGUAAAUAUGGAAGUGACAUUUUUGUUAAUACAGCCCUCAUCGAUAUGUAUGCAAAAUGUGGAAGUGUAGAAUCUGCUCGCAUGGUAUUUGAUCGUACUUCUGAUAAGGAUGUUGUUAUAUGGAGUGCCAUGGUUAUGGGAUAUGGAUUGCAUGGUCAAGGUUGGGAAGCCAUUAAUCUCUACCAUGCAAUGAAGCGAGCAGGGGUGUACCCAAAUGAUGUCACCUUUAUUGGGCUUCUCACUGCAUGCAAUCACUCUGGCCUUGUAAAAGAGGGAUGGGAGCUAUUCCAUUGCAUGAGAGACUUUGGAAUUGUGCCGCGCAAUGAGCAUUAUUCUUGUGUGGUUGAUCUCUUGGGACGUGCCGGUUUUCUGGACCAAGCUUGUGCUUUUAUCAUGAAAAUGCCCAUAGAACCAGGUGUAAGUGUAUGGGGGGCACUUCUGAGUGCAAGCAAGAUCCAUCGUCGUGUAACAUUGGGAGAAUAUGCUGCAAAGAAGCUAUUCUCAUUAGAUCCUUAUAAUACAGGGCAUUAUGUACAACUCUCUAAUCUCUAUGCUUCCUCCCGCUUAUGGGAUCGUGUUGCACAUGUUCGGGUUCUGAUGAGGGAGAAAGGAUUGAGUAAGGACCUUGGUUACAGUUUAAUUGAAAUCAAUGGGAAGCUAGAGGUAUUUCAUGUAGGGGACAAGUCACAUCCGAGGGCUGAGGAGAUUUUCUAUGAACUUCAGAGAUUAGAAAGAAGGUUAAAGGAGGUUGGGUUUGUUCCACAUACAGAAUCUGUUUUGCAUGAUCUGAAUUAUGAAGAGAAGGAGGAGAAUCUUUGUAUUCAUAGUGAAAGGAUAGCGGUUGCUUACGGGCUUAUUAGUACUGCUCCUGGAACUACACUUAGAAUAACAAAGAAUCUUCGAGCAUGUGUAAACUGUCAUUCUGCAAUAAAGCUUAUAUCCAAGCUUGUUGAAAGGGAGAUAAUUGUAAGGGAUGCAAACCGGUUUCAUCAUUUUAAGGAUGGUUCGUGUUCGUGUGGAGACUAUUGGUAAGAAGAAUGGCUCAACCUCAUCAAACCAGCAGUUGAGGCUUGCUGGCACUUCACCAGAUAAAUUGACUGCUACUUUUGUGAAAUACCAUACUGGGCUGGAAUCUUUGGCAGGAACUUUUCCUCAAGAUCAGUAGA